UUCGAGGAACUUGGGGAAGAAAUAAGAAGAGCCUGAAUCCAAAAGCAGCUAGAGGGAGAAGAGAGACAGACCCUCUCUCACGCACGCACACACACAGGAGCACACACAGAGCCCUGUUGUGUUGCACGCUCGCGGCACACAGACACACACAGUCCUGCAGCUCCUGCCCCCACCCCGUUGGUCUGGGAUGUACCUUUCCAUCUGUUGCUGCUUCUUGCUCUGGGCUCCCGCCCUCACGCUCAAGAACCUCAACUACUCGGUGCCGGAGGAGCAAGGGGCCGGCACCGUGAUCGGCAACAUCGGGAAAGAUGCGAGGCUGCCGCAGCAGGGGCUUCUGCCCCCAGAGCGAGGAGGCGGCGGCGGUGUCAGCAUCGGAGCCGGGCGCGGCAAAUCCGGCAGCUACCGGGUCCUGGAGAACUCGGCGCCGCACUUACUGGACGUGGACGCUGACAGCGGGCUCAUCUAUACCAAGCAGCGCAUUGACCGUGAGUCCCUGUGCCGCCACAACUCCAAGUGCCAGCUCUCCCUAGAGGUCUUCGCCAACGACAAAGAGAUCUGCAUGAUCAAGGUGGAAAUCCAAGAUAUCAACGACAAUUCACCCUCCUUCCCCUCCGACCAGAUUGAAAUGGACAUCUCAGAGAACGCAGCUCCAGGGACUCGCUUUCCACUCACCAGCGCCCACGACCCCGACGCCGGUGAUAACGGGCUCCGCACUUACCUGCUUACCCGCGACGACCACGGCCUCUUCGCCGUGGACGUCAAGUCCCGGGGAGAUGGUACCAAGUUCCCGGAGCUGGUGAUCCAAAAGGCACUGGACCGUGAGCAGCAGAAUCACCACACCCUAGUCCUGACCGCCCUGGACGGCGGAGAGCCUCCGCGUUCCGCCACCAUGCAGAUCAAUGUGAAGGUGAUCGACUCCAACGACAACAGUCCGGUGUUCGAGGCUCCCUCCUACCUGGUGGAGCUGCCCGAGAAUUCCCCUCUGGGCACCGUGGUUAUUGACCUCAAUGCUACCGACGCCGAUGAGGGCCCGAACGGCGAGGUGCUGUACUCCUUUAGCAGCUACGUGCCUGACCGGGUGCGGGACCUCUUUUCCAUUGACCCCAAAACGGGACUGAUCCGUGUCAAGGGUAACCUAGACUAUGAAGAGAACAGCCUGGUGGAGAUUGACGUACAGGCCCGGGACCUGGGGCCCAACCCCAUUCCGGCCCAUUGCAAGGUCACGGUCAAGCUGAUAGACCGCAACGACAAUGCGCCCUCCAUAGGUUUCGUCUCGGUGCGCCAGGGGGCGCUGAGCGAGGCCGCCCCACCGGGCACUGUCAUCGCCCUGGUGCGGGUCACUGACAGGGACUCAGGCAAGAACGGGCAGUUGCAGUGUCGCGUCCUGGGCGGAGGAGGGGCGGGAGGAGGACUUGGAGGGAGCGGGGCCGGAGGCUCAGUGCCCUUCAAACUGGAAGAGAACUAUGACAACUUUUACACCGUGGUGACUGACCGGCCGCUGGACAGGGAGACUCAGGAUGAGUACAAUGUCACCAUUGUGGCCCGGGACGGAGGCUCUCCCCCUCUCAACUCUACGAAGUCAUUCUCUGUGAAAAUCCUGGACGAGAAUGACAACCCGCCCCGCUUCACCAAGGGACUUUACGUGCUGCAGGUACAUGAGAAUAACAUCCCUGGUGAGUACCUGGGUUCUGUGCUGGCACACGAUCCCGACCUGGGUCAAAACGGCACUGUGUCCUACUCUAUAAUACCCUCGCAUAUCGGGGACGUGUCCAUCUAUACCUACGUUUCUGUGAACCCCACGAACGGGGCCAUCUAUGCUUUGCGCUCCUUCAACUAUGAACAGACCAAAGCCUUCGAGUUCAAAGUACUAGCUAAGGACUCAGGCGCCCCAGCUCACUUAGAGAGCAAUGCCACGGUGCGAGUGACUGUCCUGGACGUGAACGACAACGCACCUGUGAUUGUGCUGCCCACCCUGCAAAACGACACAGCCGAGCUGCAGGUGCCCCGGAAUGCCGGGCUGGGCUACCUAGUGAGCACUGUGCGGGCCCUGGACAGCGACUUCGGGGAGAGCGGGAGGCUCACCUAUGAGAUUGUGGACGGCAAUGAAGACAACCUGUUCGAGAUCGACCCGUCCAGCGGCGAGAUACGCACCCUGCACCCCUUCUGGGAAGACGUGACCCCGGUGGUGGAGCUCGUGGUGAAGGUGACUGAUCACGGGAAGCCCACCCUCUCAGCCGUGGCUAAGCUCAUCAUCCGCUCGGUGAGCGGCUCUCUUCCCGAGGGUGUGCCCCGGGUGAAUGGCGAGCAGCACCACUGGGACAUGUCCCUGCCGUUGAUAGUCACCCUGAGCACCAUCUCCAUUAUCCUCCUAGCGGCCAUGAUCACCAUCGCCGUCAAGUGCAAGAGGGAGAACAAGGAGAUCCGGACUUACAACUGCCGCAUCGCAGAAUACAGUCACCCUCAGCUGGGCGGGGGCAAGGGCAAAAAGAAGAAGAUUAACAAGAACGAUAUCAUGUUAGUGCAGAGCGAGGUGGAGGAGAGAAACGCCAUGAAUGUCAUGAAUGUGGUGAGCAGCCCCUCCCUGGCCACCUCCCCCAUGUACUUUGACUAUCAGACUCGCCUGCCCCUCAGCUCACCCAGGUCCGAGGUGAUGUACCUGAAACCUGCCUCCAACAACCUGACAGUUCCUCAGGGGCAUGGGGGCUGCCACACCAGCUUCACUGGACAAGGGACUAAUGCAACCGAGACCCCCUCCACUCGGAUGUCCAUAAUUCAGCCAGGAACACUAUUGAUGGUGGAAGGACGAUGUGAAGCAGCUCAGACAGACAAUUUUCCCGCAGAGCCCAAUUACAUGGGCAGCAGGCAGCAGUUUGUUCAAAGUAGCUCCACGUUCAAGGACCCAGAAAGAGCCAGCCUGAGAGACAGUGGGCAUGGGGACAGUGAUCAGGCUGACAGUGACCAAGACACUAACAAAGGCUCCUGCUGUGACAUGUCUGUUAGGGAAGCACUCAAAAUGAAAACUACUUCAACUAAAAGCCAACCACUUGAACAAGCAUUCCCGACUUUGCUUUCCUUUGCUAUCCUCACCCUACACACCAUCACAAGUAGACUUCAGUCUGUUGAUCUGCUUCUGCCAGAACAAGAAGAGUGCGUUAAUUGUACUGAUGAAUGCCGAGUGCUUGGUCAUUCCGACAGGUGUUGGAUGCCUCAGUUCCCUACAACCAAUCAGGCUGAAAAUGCAGAUUACCGCACAAAUCUCUUUGUCCCCACAGUGGAAGCUAAUGUUGAGACUGAGACUUAUGAAACUGUGAAUCCCACUGGGAAAAAGACUUUUUGUACAUUUGGAAAAGACAAGCGAGAGCACACUAUUCUCAUUGCCAAUGUUAAACCUUAUUUAAAAGCCAAACGUGCCCUGAGCCCUCUUCUCCAAGAGGUUCCCUCAGCAUCAAGCAGCCCAACCAAGACAUGCAUUGAGCCUUGCACCUCAACUAAAGGACCGAUUGAUGGUUGUGACGCCAAACCAGGAACUCUGGCAGAAGCAAGCAACCAGUACCUGUCCGCUGACAGUCAGUAUCUGUCGCCUAGUAAGCAGUCAAGAGACACUGCGUUCAUGGCCUCCGAUCAGAUGGCUAGGGUCUUUGCGGAUGUGCAUUCCCGAGUGAGUCGAGAUUCCAAUGAGAUGGACUCUGUUCUUGAGCAGUUAGACCAUUCCACCCGGGAUCUAGGCAGAGAGUCAGUGGAUGCGGAGGAAGUUGUGAGAGAAAUUGAUAAGCUUUUACAGGAUUGCCGGGGAAGUGACCCUGUGGCUGUGAGAAAGUGAAAGAAAGAAAGAAAAAAAAAAAAGCAUUGGCAUUUUCUUGCCUCUUCUGUUGAUUUAGAAACAAUCCCCCCUGGUUAUUACAGUUUGACAGGGAUGAACGAAGACCAAUGCUGCUUUAAGGCUUUUAGUGAACAUCUGAAGUGCCCACAAGUAUGUUCUUUUCACUGCUGUUUCUUUUUCACAGAUAACACUGGUUUCAUUUUGACCAAACUUACACUAGGACAGAGUCAAGUAUGCUUAAAGAAGGACAGGAAAAAAGAGAGAGGAGAAAAAGAGGGAGGGAGAAACAUCUUUUGACAAUUUGUUAAGAAGGAAUAAGAUGAGAGGAAUGAAAUCUUUCUGAUCCUUGUAAGACUGUCCUCCAUGAUUAAUGCUGACUUUACUGUUUACCUAUAACCCUGUGAAAAGCAGGGUUGACAAAUUUUGAUGUGUGAUGGAUUUCCAGCAGUCAUCACAGGCUUCUACUGAAAGUCCUGAAAAGAUCUUUGCAGUAGUCCAAGCUACGCCAAACAUUAACACACAUUUGUGGUAAACGUUUCUGUAUAAAGUUACCUGCCACACACGAACACACAAAGAACAUUCCAUAUCAUUAGUCAAGAAAGCAUAUCCUGGUCAUUCGUAAUACACUUCCUGCCAUAUAAGAGUUAAGUGUAAAAAUAAUAUAGUCCAUUUUGUCCUGCACACACAUUUACUAUUUCACUUCAUUAAAGAAGAAAAUUUUUAAAGGUUUAAAUGCCUAUUUAGCAUUUUAGUGUCCAACAAACAUAUAAAUAAUGAUCAAUGUUUUAAACUUGAAAUAUAGUGAAGUUUUCAGAGAAAAAAAAUAGUUACCAUUGGAUGGUACUAUACAGAGAAAAUUAACAUUAUUAACACUUUUUUAUCCAUUUGUGGACACUAAAAUAGCUCAGGAAAGUGAAAAUGUCCUAGACAUACAUGAAUCACAUGACCAUUUAAAUGUGCAAAUGUAAGAAGAUUCAAUGUGUUUACAUCAAAUGACAUAUUUUUAUUGAUUUAUUGCAGAUUCAGUGCAUAUGAGCCAAAUUGUUGAGUGUAUAAGAGCUAUAUUGUGUAUUUUAUUAAAUUAAUAUAUAGUUGUGUUGCAAAAAUAUUUGGGCUUAUAUUGUAAAUGGCAAGUGUUGCCUCGGUAGCUGUCGAACUCUAUGAGUUUUGUUUUUUCCUGCUUCCUUUUCCCCAUGGAGUGUGGGAAGCAGUGCCUCAGAGCAAAGUCUCUUGUUUAAUGUAUGGUCUAGCAAGUACUACAGUACAUAAUCUGUUCAAAAUGUGUUUGAGUGAGCUGAUGGAGCUAACUGAAAAGGUCAGAAAAUACAUCCAUCAGUCAUGGUUAUGUGCAAGUCCUUGUAGAAAUUUCUUAUUGAAAAUUCAUGUGUAAUAACACAAAUUCCACUUGAACCAAUACCUGGAACUUCUUUGGGUUCUUUCUCCCCUCACAACAAUACACUUAGCUUCUGUUUGUGUAGAUAUAAUGGCCCUGAUUGAUUGCUCUGAGUAUCUUAAGGACUUCAAGACUCACGCUGCCAUUCUGUCUCCAAAGCAUGAGAAUGCUUUUGUGCAUGUCUAGGAACCAGCACUGUCUCUGCCUAUGAUUUCUUCCUAUGUGCAAUCUUAUUUAAGAUUACAAGCUUUUAAAAAAUCGUAUUCUUUCUGAUUUGAAGAGCUAAUUUGCUCUCUUUGUUGGAGUAGCUUAAGAGUGACCAAUACUUGCCUACCUUUUCUUUGUACUUUCUGCUGUGGGUUUUGGCAAACGUCAAAAUUACUUACAAAUAUUAAUGGGAAAUCCUACAAUUUCUGAUGAUCAAACAUGAAAUUAACCCAUUCAAGAGGAAUCAGGAGAAGAGAAAGUGCUUUGACUAUUUUUCCCUUGAAUUUUUAAAAUAUCUGUCAUUUUACAAUUUUAUGACAGAUUAUCAGGACCAUACCUUACAAAAUGUUGUGGAGUUAGAUGAAAGCUAUUUGUGCACUGGAUCAGAGAAUACAAUAUUACAAGAAUAGUGGAGAACUCCGUGCCUUCCUUUUUGGUCACCAAGCCAGUGUAGAAACAAUAUAAAUGUAUUGAAGUCCUUACAUUUUGAAAAAAUCAUCAAUGAUAUGAAUUCAGUUUUGCAAUUUCAGACCUCACAAAAUUCUGUUUAAGCUAUUUCCAUCAAUUUCAGACGUGAUUUUGGACAGUACCUCAUUGCAAAACUGUUUUCAGAGGGAAGAGUGAUCAAAUCUCAUCAGCCUUACGACCUUACAAAGAAUUGUCUUUGGUUCCUGGUAAUAGCUUUUCCAAAGCAUUGCUCUUGGUUUUUAUUCUUAAAUAUUUAAAUUAGAAAACAAUACAAGGGAUCUUGUACAUGUUGAACCUAGCUGCUCUCUGUAUUUUGGACAAUUUAUGUAUCUGAAAUGUGUUGUCUCUGUUAUACAAUAUUAUUUUGCCAGGAGACUACAGGUUGAUUUAGCUUGAUAGCUGAAAUUUGAUGGAGAAGUGACUCUGCUAUUUAGUUCUACCAAGCACUGUCUCUCUUUUACUAGACACAGAGAUCUACACAGAAAAAAAAAAAAAUCAAAGGUGGUGUUUACAUGAAAUCAACUGAAAGUGAAUAGGGUUCAUUUUUUUUUCAACACUCCUAACCCUGAGUAAACAGCUACAUCAUUCAUUGUAUGUGUCUGAAUAUGUUAAAAACAAAUGAACCGUGAAACAUGAGAUUUUAAGAAUUGGUUGUGCCAAUGUAAGAAGAAUUUACCUUUAGGCUCUCUGUCACUAGUGAUUUCCUAGCUUUAGGUGUUUAACACAUUAUAUGUAUUUAGUAGUGAUUAUUUAUUUACUUGACUGAGGUAAUUCAGCACCCAUGACUCCAAGCUUUCUGGCUGAGUUGAGAGAUUCUUGCUUUUAUUCAUUUGGCCAGCAGCUACCUUUGUCAUAGACCUCUGGUGCUUUGCUUCCCAUGAAGCCAUCUGAGAUUGCCAACUUCACACUUUUGGAAGAGCCUGUGAUCAGCAGGCAGUGCAUGAUCAACCAGUGGAAUUUGAAGGGGCCACACAUCAUAUAUAAAAUAGGAAAAAAAAACUCAAACCCUUAAAUUGAUCCCCCCCCACACACACAUACAUACAUAUAACUUUAAUGAUUAGCUCAUUUCUCACCUGCUUAAAAACCACUAUUCUCAAGGUCAAGAAGAAGAAAUGGCAUUUUGUGGAAACUUUUGAAAGAUAAUGUUCUAACAGUUGGUUAUUAAUAAUAAUAUUGCAUACAAUAUUGUUAGAAGGAAGAAGAAUCAGUGUUAUUUAUGUCUUUCUCAAGGUAAAUGCUAAAGGGGAAUCUCCAACAGUUUCAAAGAAUACUGUCAUAGUCUUGCUUUCAUGGCUUUAGUGAACCUUAUUGUAGAUAGUAUGCUAAGGUUGACUCACCACACCAUAAAUUAACUGGAUUCAUGGUCAGAAAAUUGACUUUAUCUUGAUACCCCCAAUUAGCAGAGACCUUUUUAACUAUGAUGUGCCAUUAGAGCCUGUAGAUGGUGCCCAUUUAGAAAUGUGGCCAUAAAAAAAUCAUGUGAUGACUAGUAAUGGAGCAGGAUGCUUUAUUAAAACCAGCUUCAAAACUGAAUGUUGCUUAAUGGAGUAGAAGUUGCUGAGGUCAACAAGUAGUCUGAGGUCUGGCAUAAUAUACAUGCACUCAUUAUUGUCUAAUUACAUUCCUUUUGACAACAGACAACAUUUAUCAGAGCAUUAAUUCAGAUGAGAGUUUUGGCUAUCGAGAUUUGUUGAUUUGAAACAUAAUUGAAUGAGACCUGAUUCAAGUCUUGAUUCCCCUGGCCCCAUUCUUCCACAGGUUGGCAAUUCCCAUUUAUCAGCUUCAUCAUCCCCAUAACGUUCUGAGCUGCACCAAGCAAUUGGUGAACAAGGACAACAAAAGCAGCAUACAUUGUAUGGAUUAUCUCAACGCUAUUGUCUAAUGGCUGUGUUUAAUGUGACCUAUCUGGAAAAUGAGGACUACGAAUAAAAAAGCAAUUACUAAUA